GGGGCGCGCGGGCGGCAGCAAUGGCGGCGGUGGCGGCGGCCGGAGCGGGAGCGGCGGGAGCGGCCGGGGCGGUGGCGGCCCCGCCGCGGGGCAUCCGCACCUGGCUGCGCAGCGCCUUCCGCUUCGCCACCGACCGCAACGACUUCCGCAGGAACCUGCUGCUGAACCUGGGGCUCUUUGCCGCCGGGGUCUGGGUGGCCCGGAACCUCACCGACAUCGACCUGAUGGCGCCGCAGCCCGUGCCGUAGCUCCGAUUUUAGAGCAGAAUCAGCUCCCCUGACGGUGCUGACUCCUGUCCCAGGAAAGAGCAGAGCUCACCCUCCCACCAGGACUGGAGCUGUGGAGCUGCUCAGAUCCCUUUGGAGCUGCUCAGAUCCCACCUGGAGCUGCUCAGAUCCCACCUGGAGCUGCUCAGAUCCCUUUGGAGUUGUUCUCAUCCCACCUGGAGCUUCUGAGAUUGCCUUGGAGCUGCUAAAAUCCCUCUGGAGCUGCUCAGAUCCCUUUGGAGCUCCUCUGGUUCCACCUGGAGCUGCUCUGGUCCCCCCUGUCCUGCCUGGAGCAGUGACAAGGACAAAAGGUUCAAUGCUGAGAGGAAGAUUUGGUUUCCCAUUCAUUCCUCGAGGAUGGAAUUUCCUCCUGUACCCCCCGCCCCCAGAUGUUUAUUAAAUUUUAUGGAAUAACAACACAA